GGGAGGAGAAACAUUAGAGGAGGGCUGAAGGUGAUGGAAGAAAGGAAGCUGAACCUGUGCCUGGUAGGAAGAAAGACUGGAAAGUGAGUGACUCCGCUGAGUGUGGCCGUCUUUCAAAAGAAACAGUCUAGUUUCUUUGUCAUUUUUGUAAGAGAAGACAUCGGAAUACUUAAGGUCCUUUAUGUCCCAGUGAAGAUGAGCUGUAUUCCUGCCUCACACAGUUUGAGCACCAUUCUUAGCCAAGUGGAAUCUCAGAUGGAGGAGAGUCCAGUUGAGAGAAGAGGAAGCAAAGCCUACCAGAUCUUCCCUGAAGCCAACGUGAAUGACGACUCCGAUUCCAGCUCCUAUCCUGAAGACUUUCUUUACAGGAGGGAGCGUCUUCCCUCUAUAGUUGUGGAGCCCACAGAGCACAGAGAGCCGGACAGCGGAGAUCCACACCGGCCUCCUCGAUGCCUAAUGAACAACAAUGUAGAAGAGGAGGAGGAGGGGGAGGACAGCAGUGCUGAGCACACAGACAGCCCUGUGGAAGGGGAGCAGCAGAACGACAUGGGGAUGGAAGAAGGCUUGGUUGCUAGGAAGUCUUCUAUUGGACCGUCCCAGUGUCAACUGUCCCUUUCUCGGCUGACCCCACCUGCCUCCCCCACCCCCCCUGAGGCUGCCCCACCCUGCCUGAGGAGCUGAACCAGGACAACUAGUACGAACUGACAGCACUGUGUCACUUUUAUAACGUGUAACCUCUGCAUGUUGGACUUUCCCAAUUAUAGAGAACCCCUUGGAAAGGUUGAGACAACUACACAUGUAAAUAUAUUUGGACUAAAUAAGGUCCACUUCAAAUAACUAAUACUAAGCUGAUUCCAGCAUUGCUUUUUGGAUUGAUAAUGCGUGAGUAACUGCUGCAGUUUGCUACUAAUGUAUGUGACACUGUGGGCUGAAGGUAACCACAGAUUGUAGCAACAACCUUCAGGACUCUUUCCUUUCUGAUGCAAAUCUCACCCCACAGCAAAUAAGCAUGUGAUGAAUGACUUUUAGGCAUAGCUGCCAACACUCCCGUUUUUCCCGGGUUUCUCCCAUUGUUUUAGCCCUAUCCCGGUUUGUUAUUUCUCCUGCAUGGCCCAAACUCUUUUAUAAAUAAUCAGACCAAUAUGUUUGUCUAAUGUUGACCAGCGUUGUAU